UGUUUAUCUCUACAAUGCUGUCACCGUAAGGAAUGUCUCCGCUACGUGUCCCAAGGUUACACUGCAACACUGCCACCACCUUCUUCCUUUUGGCACUUGCUAACAGUCUUACGCAAAAUGCUUAUAAAACCCCCAGUCCAUCACCAGCUCUAUUUUCAACGUUUCAGCUUUCUAGCUCCGUGUUUAUCAUCUGCAGCAGCUCAGCUUUGUCCAAAACCAUGUUGGGUCUUAUCCACACAUUCCUGAACCUCUCAGCUCCCCCGUUCACCUUCUUCUCCCUCUUGCUUCUCCUGCCGCCGCUUUAUCUCUACCGGUUCUUCACCUCUCUCUUGAGCACAAUCUUCAGCGAAAACGUCUCCGGCAAGGUCGUCCUCAUCACUGGUGCCUCCUCCGGUAUCGGCGAGCACUUGGCUUAUGAGUAUGCAAGGAGAGGGGCACGAUUGGCCCUUGUUGGCAGAAGAGAAAACGCACUGAGGGAAGUCGUUGAUAGAGCAGUUAACUGUGGUUGUCCAGAUGUUAUUAUGAUUGUGGCUGAUGUUUCAAAGGCUGAAGACUGCAAGAGACUUGUUGAUGAAACUAUCAGCCACUUCGGAAGGUUGGAUCAUCUGGUAAAUAAUGCUGGGAUCACUGCUUGUAGCAUGUUGGAAGAGGCCACCGAUAUCACAAAUUUCCGAUCCGUAAUGGAUACGAACUUCUGGGGAUCAGUCUAUACUACUCAUUUUGCAGCUCCACACCUCAGAAACAACAAAGGUAGAAUAGUGGCGAUUUCUUCUGUUAAUUCAUGGUUGCCUGCGCCAAGAAUGAGCAUAUAUAAUGCAAGUAAAGCAGCUAUGUCGAGCAUGUUUGAGACACUGAGGGUCGAACUGGGGCCAGAAGUUCAUAUCACAAUCGUGACUCCCGGAUACAUAGAGUCUGAGAUGAACAAAGGCAAAUACUUGUCGACUGAAGGAAGGAUGACCGUAGAUCAAGAAAUGAGGGAUGUUCAAGUCAGCGCAAUGCCAGUUGAGAGAGUGCAAGACUGCGCGUAUGCAAUAGUGAAUGGUGUCUGUCGUGGCCAAAGGUGCUUGACAGAGCCAAGGUGGUGGAAUGUCGUAUAUAUGUGGAAGGUGUUCUGCCCUGAGCUAUUUGAAUGGGGUUUCAAAUUUUCCCACAUGGUUAGGCCCGGAGCCCCGGCUAAAGAAGCACCCAGCAAAAAAAUCUUGGACUACACUGGCGUGAAGAAUGUCUUGUAUCCUGACUCCCUCCACAGUCCUGAGAUCAAGACAGAUUGAAGCAACUGGGUUAUGGUUUCAGUAAAUUUAUAGACGUGUGUUUCCCUUUCUUUUUCUGUUUUUGUUUUUGUUUUUCUACCUCGCUUUGUAUAUAGGCGAGCUCUUUGGGUUCUAUCUGUAGAUAUAGAUGUGGGUGACAAUAAAGGAUUUGAUGUGCAUGUAGGUCUUGUGAUUAUGCUGUGUAUGUGAUGUUUCAUAUAUAUAAAUAAGUGUGUGUUGGAAGUGGAUA